CCCUUUAUUUACAUUGUCGUGCCUUUAAAAUGUAAACUAAACUGAAUAACAAUAAACAAUCUGUGGUGUAAUACUAGUAACAGAACUGUUGCUAAUGCCUCGUCAAGUGUUCCUGUUGGAUUCACUUAUCGUUUGUAAUGGAUAUAAUGUUUGGAAGGAGAUCUUUGAUUAUUUUGUGGCUGGUGGCGCAUGCGUCCUCUGUGUGGGGCCGAGGGACGGUGGAGGUGGGCUUGCUCAAGUUCCGGUACGAGAGUGACAAGGACUGUGACAACGUUUUUGGUCUGUUCAAAUGCGACCCUUACUUCCGGGUGUGCAUCGAGUCGGCCGUGGACAGAUGCUCAGACACGAGAGUUACGACCUCGGCUGAGAGCAACAAGAAUGACAUUAUGGACAUCUUCAACCAGUCGUCCAUUCGGCCCAAUCCUGUCCUAUUCAGGGUCACAGCCGUCAGGUUUCCUUUUCUCGUGACGGUUGAGGUUUGGAACGACAACCCGUUCAAUGACAAGUAUAUCGACAAAGUAAACGUCACGGUGGACCGCCGUGAGGCCGCCUCCCGGAACGGUCGCCACUUCUUGGGCGUGGAUCAUCAGGCCAGUGUAGACCUGUACGUUGACGUGAUUUGUGAAGUCGGAAGUUACGGGCCAGACUGCAGUGUCGUCUGCCAUAACACGUCCUUCAGCUACUGCGACCACCAGGGUCGGAAACACUGCCUCUCUGGAUAUUCUGGUGCUAACUGUACAAUAAAGGCCACCACGCCUACGCCUUCCUCCAGCCAUUCCGCCGCGUCAAUAGAAGACACUACGACCACGACGUCACGACCAAUGACGUCAAAAUCAGUUAUAUCAUCAUCUGUUAACUCCAGUGUACAGGCGUUUUCUACUAGAGUGUUGCCAUUUGCAAGUCACUCAUCUAGUGAUAUAAGCAUGACUUCAAACAAGAUGGCGACCACUUCAACAUUACAUACAGAGACGUCAAGCAGAAUAAUGCCAACCCUCUCGAGCAGUAUACAGUCUAAUUUUGAAAUGUCUUCAAGAUCUGGAAUGAACUACUCUAGUGGAACAUUAACAUUGGCAACAUUGGCUACUCAAUCGAGUCCUUCAUCCAAAUUAAAACCCUCACCAUUCUUGCAAUCAAGUAUACAUUCCAGGGAAGUGUCGAGCAGUUCAAUGGCUUCAUUAUCAACAUUGCCACCAGGUCAAAUUUUCACACAUUUAUCUUCCAAUAUACAAUUCACAUUAUCUAUAUCCACGAACAAACCUUCGAAACAGACACUCACACCAUAUUCGAGCAAGGAAAUGGUGUCAUCAACAAGUAUAUUAGUGACAUCAUCAAUGCAAUAUCAGUUUCCGACGUCUACAACUUCAAUGUCGCCAUGGACAGCGGGUCACUCUGGUUCGAUAUCAUUAGUACCAGCACAAACCACAUCAUCAGUGUCACAGCAUACGCUGUCUGCUUCAAAUGAAAUAUCCCCAACACCAGUCACACAAUCAUUCCAGUCAACUCAAACAUCGUCGUCCAUACACUCUAUGUCAACAAAGCCAAUACCAACACUCCAAUCAACACCGACAACAAACUAUCCACAUAUGUCGAAAUCGUCAAAAGUACAGAUUUCUUCCCGUACCAGCAAAGUUAUUUCACUGACCUUGUCAUUUACAUCAUUAACUGAUGCUCCUUACGUGGUGAGCAAUACUGUACAAACGUCUUCUUCGACUUUUUCACGUUCCAUACCAAGUCUGACACCUCGGCCGUCGAACAAGUCAAUAUUAAUAUCAACAGCAACAAUAUCAAAUUCAACACAAACAGAAGCCUUUACGUCUGGAGCGUCAACAUCAUCGUCGUUGACAACGUCAGAAAAGAUAGUUACAAAAACGUCUUUGCUGAUAAUUCCAACAUCAACAACAUUUACUACCACUGUAACAUUAACUGUUCCACCAACAACACCGACACCAUCGUCACCAGUAUCAUCAGCAUCGGUAGCCCCAAUAUCACUUAACACGACAACAGCAUCGGUAGCCCCAAUAUCACUUAACACGACAACAGCAUCGGUAGCCCCAAUAUCACUUAACACGACAACAGCAUCGGUAACCCCAAUAUCACUUAACAUGACAACAGCAUCAGUAACCCCAAUAUCACUUAUCACGACAACAGCAUCGGUGGCCCCAAUAUCACUUUACACGACAACAGCAUCGGUGGCCCCAAUAUCACUUAACACGAAAACAAAAACAACAUCCAAAACAGGAUUUACACUAACAAAAAGAACAACUUUAGCAAUACCGAAGACUUCAAAAUCAAAAGUAAUGACCCAUUCGUCCAAGGCAACAAAAAAGACAACAAAAGAGCACGCCAAGUCAAAUAAACCCACUGCAAAACCAACGACCUCGGCUCUUAUUAAUAACACAUCUCCUUCAAAACGGACGACAACUUCAAGAAAAACUUCAAUAACACCCCAACAGAACGGAAGUAAACAUCCUGUGUUUUCUGUAAUUAGUUCCAAAUCAUCACCAUCACCAUCAUCAUCAUCGUCAUCAUCAUCAUCAUCAUCAUCAUCAUCAUCAUCAUCAUCAUCAUCAACAACAAGAAAAAGAAAAACAACAGCGAAGACAAAUUCAACCAAAGCGGCAUUAACAACAGCAAAAACAACUACUACUUCUCAUGAUAUCAAUAUUUCACAAUCAACGAAGAACACAGUAAACACUUCUUUGAAUCCUGGAACUAUAACCACCAGCUCUAACAAACCGCUGCCUACGACGAUAACCAGGAGAAAUAACCAAGGAUCGACGACGUUCAUAACACGUAAACGGCCACAUACGUCGACCCAGGUGUCAGCACGCGGUGGGUCACCGACCGUGACAUCAGGUUUAACGCCAACUGUCACAAAAGGUCUUGGGCCACUAGGGAAACAGACCUCUGAACCGUCUAAUAAGCCGAGCUCUCUGUCUGUUGUUCUGGGCGUAAUUGCUGGCGUUAUUGGUGUCGUGUUGCUAGUGACAACCGUGAUUCUUAUCAGAAAGAGACGACCUUCGCAGCAAGUAAUAUUUGACGACGACGUGUUGGCGGACGAUGGGAAGAUGAGCGGCAGUGUGGCGGCUGGCGGCAGCCUGCACCUCCGUCUCGAUCACCUGACAGACGGAGAACAACAUGUGCGCGGGGUGGAUAAUCCGGCCUACGGAACUAUGCACGGCGAGUCCCAGUCCUGAGAAUGGGUCGAUAAUUUCUGAUAUGGACAAACUGCUGAAGUAUCUGUGGUAUUUAAAGGCUGUGUUGUGAACGAGGAAACACUCAAGUUCGCUGUUUCCAUGAAUUUAUAAUAUAGAAAACUUUUCAAUAUGAAUACCUAGGUUGAACAGAUCGAAUUUGAGGUUUGUGUUGUCAAGGUCACUUUACAAAGAAACAUGGUGGUCGCUGAAGAGGACGAAUUGCAAUAAAUGUUUCAAUUUAGGAAGAGUUUCUUGAGUUUCUCAUGAUGACCUUCGUUAGAUACACAUUUUCGUGCCAAAGUUUGUGAAUGCAAAGACAAAAUAAUAAUUUAAUAUUCAAUAAAUAUUGUUGUGCGAUGUAAGCAUAUAUUUAUAUGAACUUUUCUGGUUAUUAUGAUACUGUUAUAAAAUUAAUGUAUGUCA